UUUGUGAAUUCUUGGUCCAGUAAUCCGAAAAUAAAGAUGGCGCCAAAUAUUUUAAGCACAGAUUUAAAAAUACUUACGGAGAAAGAUUUUCAAAAAGAGGAAUCUUCGAUUAUUGGAAAGACGAUAGAUGAUGAAAAUGACACGCAAAUUAGAAGCGAGAGUUAUAUAAAAACUAAAGGCUGGUUCAAGACGGAGCUGAAAUGGAUCAAUAUCGUAACUAUUAGUCUUCUCCACUUAUGCUUCGUAUAUGCUUUUUGUACUUUUAAAUUUUUCGAAAAUCUGAAGACGACCGCUUGGAUGUAUGGCAUGAUUUUAAUAGGAGGACUGGGCGUUACUGCUGGUUCUCAUCGUUUAUGGACCCACAAAGCUUAUAAGGCAAAAUGGCAGCUUAGAAUCAUACUUGUUGUUUUCUAUGUUUCAGCAGGCAUGAAUGACAUUUUCGAAUGGGUGCGAGAUCAUCGAUUGCAUCACAAAUAUACGGAUACGGAUGCGGAUCCACAUAACAGUAAUCGAGGAUUCUUUUUCUCCCAUGUGGGUUGGUUGAUGAUGAAGAAACAUCCAGAUGUGAUUCGAAAGGGUCGUCAGGUCGGUAUGAGUGAUAUAUUGGCUGAUCCUAUUGCUGCAUUCAGUAUCAAAUACUUCUUGAUCUUAAAAUUUAUGUUCGCUUUCCUGCUUCCGAUAAUGUUACCUGUGUAUGGAUGGAAUGAAACUUGGUAUAGAGCUUUCGUGUCGCAGAUUAUUCUUCGUUACGUUCUUCUUUUAAAUUGCAUAUGGAGUGUCAACAGUGUGGCUCAUAUUUGGGGCUCAAGACCGUAUGAUGAGCACAUAAAUCCGACGGAGAAUCAAUGGGUCAACUUUUUUGCGGUCGGUGAAGGAUCGCACAAUUAUCAUCAUGUCUUUCCAUGGGACUAUAAGACUUCCGAAUUACGCAAUUCUACAACUACAGACUUUAUCAAUUUUUUUGCAAAAAUCGGGUGGGCGUAUGAUCUUAAAGAACCGUCGCAGGAACUCGUGAAGAUCAUUGUGAUGAAAAAGGGUGAUGGAAGUCAUCCUUUAUGGAAUGCUAUGCCAUAUCCAGCAAGUAAAAUUGAAUAA